AUGGAUCGUUGCAUCUACGCGCCGUUCUACCCCAUGCGUCGCCUACCUGCGUCUCACGACGACAGACGGCAGUCUGACGAACUCUCCCGGACCUCAGUUGAAAACAACGUUGGCAGCGAGGUCGGGUUCGACACGAUCGACGAAGAAGAGUACGAGCUACCUGCCCCGAUCCGCAGCCCGAGUCCUCAAGCGGACGACGUGCACAAUCACAAUCACAAUGGCGAUCACGAUCACGAUUACUACCACAGCUAUAGCUACAGCCAUAACUACGCAUACAACUCGAGCGACACCCCCGACUUCGCCGUCCGGAGCGGCCCAUCGACAACCUUCGUCACCCGCCGACCCAUCGAAGGCGACUGCAGCAUCUGUAUGCUUCCACUCCGGUACGAAGAGAACAACAGCGACGACUCGAGCGACACCGAGAGCACGAGCUCCACUGACUCAGAAUUCUGGGACCCGCCGGGCCCGGACGCGGACGCUGAAUCAGAAGAAGCAGACGCUGAGCCUGAGCCUGAGCCUGAGCCGCAUGCCCAUGUCUCUGGCUCUGGUGCUGUGCCCGUGUGGGGACAGAUGGCGCACGACAGCCACGGGCUCCUGUGGUGCCGGAGACAGUGUGGGAAUAAUUUCCACGGGAGAUGCAUUGAUCGGUGGUCGUCCGUGGAGAGCUUUGGGUAUAGGCGCCCGACUUGUCCUGUUUGCCGGAGUGCGUGGGUUGAUUAG